GCGAGAAGUAACCGUAAAACUUGUGAAUGAGUGUAACGUGUAUUCCUAGAAUACCCUAGAUUACUCUUUGUUCUUUAUUUAUUAAAGUUUUCUUCUGUUUGCUAAUUAUGUACAAUGUAUAUUUAAUCUCUUAUGUAGGAAAUAAUUACAUUAUUAAUUUUAGGCCAUAUUUUUCUGAAAUUUCAAAAUACCUAUGCUAUGGCAAUUUCAGAUAACGAAUGUCGGUUAUUUAAACUUAGUGAAAAAGAUGAAUUACGAUUUUCUAUUGAAGAUCCGUCAGCAGCAGUAACUAUAGAGCUGGUUGAUGGCACAGCUGAAAUAUUUGGUGCCGAAAUGUUAAUGAAUAAAAUCUAUUCAUUUUCAUCCUUUACUUCUGUAGCUGUGACUACUUCGAAUAAUUGUUUACUUAAAGUAAGAGGUAAAAAUCACAAGAUGAAUAUAACAAAACAGAAAUCUACCCUUCGCACAUAUCAUGAACUUUUGGAAGAGUGUAGGGUUGAAGCAAAGAAGAAUAAUGUUAGAGGACCAGUCACACUUCUUGCAGGUCCAACUGACGUAGGUAAGAGCACGUUAUGUCGUUACCUAUUGAAUUCUGCAGCCCGAUCUGGUUGGCAACCUCUCUUCAUUGAUUUAGAUGUUGGACAAAGUUCAAUUUCAAUACCUGGAACUGUAGGCAUUGUACCUGUUGAAAAUACAGUAGAUAUUGUAGGGGGAUUUGAUGAAAGAAAACUUUCAGUUUAUUUCUUUGGUUAUAAAAGCCCUGGGCACAAUAUUUUGUUGUACUCUCUGCUGAUUAAAAAAUUAAGUCAAACUUUACAUUCUCGAAUGAAACAUAUUAGUAAGAAUGUUCAAGCAUCUGGAGUGGUAGUUGAUACAUGUGGAUGGACGACAGGCAACGGAUAUUGCUCAACUGUUCUUGCAUCUAAAGCAUUUGAAAUUGAUGUACUAUUUGUUCUUGGUGACAGUGACCUGUAUACUCAGCUUCAGCAGGAUGUAUCUUCAAAUGUGAAAGUGAUAUUUAUACCAAAAUUAAGUGGUGUUGUUGAGAGGAAUAGGUCAGUAAGAAUUAAAAGACGAAAUGAUCUUAUAAGGGAAUAUUUUUAUGGUUCUACUACUCCUCUUGAACCUUAUAUAUUUGAAGUCAGUUUUUCAGAUAUUGAAGUAUUUCAAGUGUUCAUUUCAUCAAAGAACAGACCUACUAAUUUAUCCAAUGUUACAUCAAAAGAUAUUUCUGUUGAAUCAGUGCUGAUAAAUACUGAACUUCUAAAUCAUAUUCUUGCACUUAGUUAUGUCGAUAGUAUAGAUGAAGAUGUAAUGUUGACCAGUGUUCUUGGCUUUAUUUGCAUUAAGGACAUUGAUAUGGAACGUAAAAUCAUUACAGUUCUUUCUCCACAGCCUAGUCCUUUGCCUAAAAGAAUUUUGAUUAAAGGAGAUAUAUUGUUAGAUGAUGAUAGUUAAAUGCAGCUUUUUUAACCGUAUGUGUAUAUUUAUGUGGGCUUAUGGCAGUAUAAUUUUAUGUGGUUAUUUGUUCAGUUGCAAACACAUGCCAGCACUACUAAUUGUUUUGAAAGUAAAAACAUCAACAGAAGAUUAAAGUCUUAACAUUGGAAUUGACGGGAAAGUGAAUGUAUGGUAGCUUUUAUAAUUAUUAAAUUUUACUUCAGAUUUUAAUAUUUUAAAUUUGAAAAUGGAAGCACUAUUCCAGAGAACCUGAUAAAUGUAAACAUUACCAAAAUUGAUAUUACAAUAAUGUUAGAGGUAAUCUUACAUAUUUUUUUUAUUUUUUUUUUUAUUUUAUUUUAUUUUAUUUAUUUUUUUUUUUUUGGUGUGUGUGUAUGUGUGUGUGGUAGCAACCAUUACAGCAUUAUGGGCCCCCACGCAAACCAAUGUGCUGCUGCCCCUAUGACAACCACUCUAUGAAAGAAAACAUAUUAAUAUGGGGCUCCUAUGCUCAUAAAGCCCUCAGUCAAAUGCAUUAAGACCCCUGAUUUCAGUGAAAAAUCAAACAUAGUGGCAAUAGUCAUUUACUGAAAUUUUAAUUGCCAUUGAAGGUUGUUUUCCUGUAAAGUAAUAUAUCUCGAGUAAUGUUUUUAACAGUACAUUUUUUGGGAGGGGAAGGGAAAGAGGGCUUUCUGAUUAUUCCCCCAAUCCUUCUGCAAAAUCACUGAUCAUUGACAACUAUUUCUUUCCAACCUAACAUGAAAAAACAGUAGUCAUUUUAAGAAAUAGCAGCACACUGAAAAUUACAUGAAACGGCAAUGAUUCACUAACCAAAUUCCUGUCUUUGUUGCCUGGAAAUGAAAUGUUGCUAUAUAUAAAUAUACAAGAACUUUUAAGGUAUUUCUAAUAAUGGAAUUGGGUUUUCAUCCACAGAGACGUACUUAACAAGCUGAUUUUUAUUUAUAUACAUAUACUUAAUAUUGUGCCUUUUAUAGUAAUUUUAAUUCAUAUACACUAAAUAUCAAUCAAUCAUGUUUAACAAGUUAAAUUUGACUUGUGUAUGCUUAUUGGAAGCACUGCAACAGAGAUCCCUGUAAAUGUAACCAUUGCCAAAUUAGCGAUAACAUUUCAAAUCUGGUAAUCUCCUAAAGUACUGUUCAUAGGUAGUAAUCAUAACACUUGCUUUUUUUUUUUUUUUUUUUUACUGUUGUUUGUAAUAUGCACAUUGUAUCAUAUUCAUCAUUGUCUUUGCAAUUGUAACAGAAAAGUACCUAAAUAAAUGUAAGGGAGGAG